AUGUCGUCCGAAGAGCCUGCCACCCCCGACCUGGACCAGCCCAUGCCGGGCGCCUUUCCCUCCACCGCACCCGGCCCCUCGUCGACCCCCCAGAAUCUUUGGCAAGCAAUCCACGAGCGGCGUCACGAGUACGUGCGCCCCAAGGAGAUCCGCAUCAAGGUCGGAACAUGGAACGUCGCAGCGUUCAAGGGCACCGAGAAAGACCUGGGCGGCUGGUUUGUUGGAGGAAAAGGCGUCGAGGAGGCUCUGUCAGGCCUGGGCGUCUCGGAUCCAAAUAACCCCCAGGCUGGCGAUACCGUAGACGAUGGCCUGCGCGAACGUCCCCUCGAACAAGAGGCCCGACACACAAACGAGGAAUCGACGCUGCCGAAGAACGAUCAUGCCAGCGUACCAGCUGACGACGACAUUGCUCUAUACGUGUUGGGCCUGCAGGAGGUCCUCGACGUUUCCUCGCCCGCCGAAGCCUUGAGGCCCUACACCGACCCUGCGACCGCCGCCAAAUUCAAGGCCGCCAUGCAAUAUGAUCUGCCUCAGGGCUACCAGCUCGUCGCCGAGCAGCAGCUCAUUGGCCUGCUCCUGCUUGUCUACGCCGCACCUUCGAUUGCCCCCGAGAUACGCGCCGUGAGCACAACGAGCGUCGGGACCGGCCUCAUGGGGUACAUGGGGAACAAGGGGGCCGUUACGGCUAGAAUAGUGCUGGGCGAGACAACGCGCUUGGUCUUCAUCAACUCGCAUUUGGCGGCUGGCGCAGACAAAACGUCAUUGGAAAGGCGCAACUGGGAUGCUGCCCAGGUUGUUAGCCGCACCAAAUUCGACCCGAUUACCGACGCUCUCGGCGUGACACAGGCCAGCGCCGAAAGCAUUGGCGACGAGGACUUUGCCUUCUGGAUCGGCGACCUCAAUUACCGGUUGGGCGGCAUGCCAGGUGAAGACGUGCGGCGAAUUUUGAUGCUGCAUACACGAAACGAAUACGACCUUUCUCAGCGGCAAGCAGAGAAGAUCGAGAAGGACAUUGCUUCCUCUGGCCACGUGCGUUCUGAUACCGCGGUUGAAAUCUCGGAGCAGUCGAGCAAUGAGGACCAGCCCGAAGCAGAGCCCGAAGCAGAGCCCGAAGCAGAGCCCGAAGCAGAGCCCGAAGUGAUUGUAGCAGCCAAAUUUGAUCCUGCCUCGCUUCAGGCAACUAUCGAGUCUCUACUGCCACACGACGAGCUGCGCAAGCAGCAGCGUCUGCGGAAAGCUUUCUACGAUGGAUGGCGGGAAGGUGAUAUUGAAUUCCUGCCCACCUACAAGUACGAUGUGGGCACAGUGGGCAUAUUCGACUCAAGCGAGAAGCGGCGUUGCCCGAGCUGGUGCGACCGUAUCUUGUACCGCACACGCCGCGAUCGGUUGGCCUACUACGCCAAAGUCAAGGAGGAAGAGGAGGCGAAAAAGAGGGACGAGGAAAUGAAGAAACAGGGUCUAGACAAGGACGCCGACAACGACGUCCUAUUUGAGUAUGACCCAGAGACGGAUGGCGACUUUGGUUAUGACGAGGCCACAGACGCCCGGGACGAUCCCAUUCCAGUGCUGACGAAAGAUGGCUUCGAGGACGAGAUCGCACUGGAGUAUUACACAGCACACCAACGGGUUUUGUCAUCGGACCACAAGCCUCUGGAUGCUGUCUUCAGGCUCAAAUACGACAGCGUCGUGCCGGAACUGAAAGCCAAGGUGCACGCCGAAGUUGCUUGGGAGCUGGAUCGAGCGGAGAACGAGGGGCGACCAGGCGUCACAUUGAUCGUCGAGAAGGACCCAAGUAAGAAUGGGACGAGGGAUGAUUCAAAGACAGAUUUUGAGGGAGUGGAUUUCGGCAACGCCAAGUAUCUUAGCGUACGCCGACGGCAUGUGACAGUGGCCAACACCGGCCAAGUUGCUGCAACUAUCAGCUUCUUUGGGAACCCUGGAGAGGAGUGCAGCGAAGUUCAACCCCCACCGUGGCUCACGCUGCGUUUCGACCGAGAGGCGGACACACCAACGCGACCGAACACUCCUGCGUCGUAUACACUGGAGCCUGGUGAUGCGUGCAACAUUGAUAUGGUUUUGAAGGUAGACAGUAUGAGUCUAGUGCACGAGCUGAAUGACGGGAAGGCACAACUUGAGGACAUCCUCGUCUUGCGCGUCUCUGACGGCCGCGAUCACUUUCUACAGGUGCGCGCCAGCUGGCUUCAAACGAGCCUCGCUCGGUCCAUCGACAAGCUCAUCCGCAUACCCGAAGGCGGCAUCAGGAAACUGCAAGGGCAGAUACCUGAAGGCAAUGGCAGCAGCGACAGUCCCUCCAAACAGGCAGGGGUAAAGUGGUCAGCUCCCCGGGAACUGUUCCGACUGACGGAGGUUCUAGAAGACCUGGUCGAGCGGGUGAUGGCUGAGUGGGACAUGACGGAGCACGAAGAAGGCACAAAGGCGCCCUGGCUGUCGCAGGCGCAGCUCAACUCGGGCGGUGGCUGGCCCUUUGCGCCGGAGACGUGGACAAUACAGGACGCCGCCGAGCGUGACUCGGUCAAAUGCGCCAUCAUUGACGCACUCGACACGGACUCGGCUUUAGAGCAAGCGUUUGAGCCAGAGACUUCCGCGGUGUUGCGGGUCGAAUGCCUCGCAGAAACGAUGACGCUGUACCUACGCAGCCUCGAGGACGGGGUGGUGCCGGCAGAGCUGUGGAAGAAGAUAGAAACGGGCUACGACGAGCAGGUGCGGAGCAAGAAGCAGCUCAGCCGUGAGGAGGAGCGCAUGUGGAUCUUGGAAAUCAUGGCGGGCGCGCCCAACCACAACGUCUGCUUCGUGCUCCUGACGUCGAUGCUUGCGCGCAUCGCGGCGGAGGUGCGUUCGGCGACGAGGAUGGAGCAGGCGCUCAAGGGCCCGACGAGCCCUCUCAGGCGGACUCUGACCGGAGUGGCGGGAAGGGUGAGGAGCGCGAGCGAAGCGCAGAAGAUGCAGACGCUCAACGUGGAACGGGGGCUGUCCAGCACGUUUGCGGACGCGAUUGUGCGGGUGCCGGAGAAGGCGAAUUUGAAAGACAAAGAAAAGCAGACGAGGAGGCAGCGGAUGUGCCGGGUUGUGGAGCUGUUCGUGCUGCCGGACGAGAAGGCUUGA